UGCCGAGAGUGUCUGAAAUUCCAAAUCUACUGUGUCGUCGUGCCGUACUCCCGUUGUCUAGCAGUUACGAAUAACAAUCUUUGAAUUUAUGUUUCUCCAUGCAUAUUGCUACUGCCUUUUUUCAGUCGCACAGCACCUUUACCAUGUCAAACUGCUUAACUUAAAAAUAUUGAAAAUUCCAGUAAAAAAAUGGGCGUAAAUCCAAUUAAUGGUGCAUUUUGAAUUUUGCCACAAGCAGCACUUUGUCAUCGCACGCGGUCUACUCUGUUCGCUGUGCAGCCUGUGCUCUCUUCACAACAUUGAUCCAAAAACCGGGCCGUCGAUGGUUUACCCAUUUUUUUCAUGUUAAGAUACGGCGUGUAGAAGAACUUUUGGAAGUUAUUGUGAGUUCCUAAAUUUCGAUAUAAAAUUGCGAUCUCUUUACAGUAACUUUGUGUUGGCUGGAGUCUAAAAACAAGCAUGAAAACCGUACGACACUGAUGGAGUGUACGAGUAUGGAUUGCUCGUUGAUUAGGUUUUGUUGAACUGCAGGCUGCUAAAAACUGCCCAAUCCCUACGAUUAUUUAAAGACUUUUUGGAUUAUAAUUACAUUAUUUGUUCUGGUCUGGUAUUGAAAAUGGAUGGCUGGAAAAACAGAUCGCCAUUGGCUUACUGGGAAGCCCGAAAGGGAAUAGGAUCGGCGCUUCCUCAGGUGUUGCCAAAGCGAACAGAGCCAUUUGUGGACUUGAAGUUCGAUCUGUACAGUGAUGCAGUUGCCUUCGAAAGGGACCGCUUUCAAACUAUCUCGGAGGAGCAUAAUGUUGCUAUUGAUCCGACAGUGCUCACCUUCGCUAACCACUACAAUCAUCCACAUAAGCUCCUCGUGGCGGACGAAGAAGGGAUGAUUUAUUUCCUGGACACGGGAACCGAGUCUUCGAAACAUAAAAGUCUCGCUACAUUGCGAAUCCACAACCACGCCAUCUUCGACGCCAAGUUCCGUCCAGAGGAUCCUAGUUUGCAGUUUAUCACAGCUUCUGGCGAUAUGGGAUGCGCUUUGGUCGAUUUCAGUACGCAGUCGGUUGUUGGCACUUUCCUGGGACAUCAUCAGAACGUGAAGUGCUUAAGUUGGCAAAAGAUUCACAGAACAGUGAAACAACCAAAUGCUGCUCCGGUUAAUCUGAUUGGCCAUACAAAAGAAGAAAUUUCGGGAGUUGCUUUUAAUUCUGUGGACCCAUAUCAGUUGGCGACCACAGCUGAAGAUGUUAUUGUUUGGCACGCGGAGCCCUAUCUUGACCGAUGCCGACCCAGUGAGGUCAUCGGAACUGCGCGAAUUGAUUUGAGGGGGUUUGGAGCAGCGUACGCCGAAACUUCGGAAACGCGAGCGAUCGGUAUGCACGGCCGACCUUCGCAUGCCGCAGUUGAGUGUCUGGUUGCGGGAACGAUCCAAGGGAGGGGCAUGUUCCCCAUUAUCUUCGCCGGCAGCAGAAUUUAG